CUAUCGUAAGAUAUCUCUAAUGAUGGAGAUAAGCAAAGUGAAGCAUACUUUUAAAAUUUUAGUACUUUUCUUUAGAAAAGCAGAACAUACUUUUCGUUGAAUUAUGUUGUUUUCAUGAAGAAAAAUGUAAGAUCGAUUCUGGUGUGGAUUUCAGUUGUGAUCGAAGGCCUGAGGGAACGACACGGCAAUGUUGCAGCUGUUUUUCACAGAGACCUUAUAUAUCCUAACCUGGAAAAUUAAAGUUAUUGACAGUCUCCACAGAGCAGAGAUAAUUUAAAACAAUUAAUCUCAUAACGUUAUUUUGGAGAUCUUAUUUAAACUGAUCCGUAAAUACAGCCAAUGUAUAUUGAUAAGGGGUGGUUAUUUCAAGGCCAAGCAAUCAUUUCAUGAUCAUAAAUAAUAUACUUACUUUAAUUAUUGCAAAACGGUCUAUGAAUUAUUACAGCGGGGCAUUCAAUUGCUUGCUUGUUCCAUAGACUCGUGCCACGCUGAAUUGUAAUUCAUUGAUGUUCCUCAUGAAUGAAGCUUUGUGGUAUAUAGUGUUUUAUAUAGGUUAAAAUGUAGAAACAGAUUGCAUUCUUAGUGUGGAAACAAAACAAAAGGGUCGUUGCCUGUGGAUGGAUUGGGCUGAGUGUGAGCGUCUGAAGGGCAACUAUAACGAAUCAGGGGGCGGCGGCAACUUUAGGACCUGGAGGAGCUGACUCGAUCCUACUUCCACACCUCACCCUUCAGGGUUUUCGUGGUGCGGGCUCAUUGUUCCGAGGUAGGUCUCCCCAUUGGAAAGCCAGAGGGAACAGCGGCCGCAUACAUCAGAGACGCGAUCGCUGUUUCAUUCAGUCACAUGGCUAUAUGCAAUAUUUUGUAACAAAGAAACCAACUGGAAAUAAUAACAUUAUAUAUGCAUCGGGGUAAAAGUCUUUUUAAUAGAAGGCAUUUAAAGAAAGGGGAUGAAAUUGCACGAAGAAUAUACUGAAAACUAAUCAUCAUUGAUUUAUUACUCAUUUAAGCACUUUGCUUCCUUCAGACUUGAAGUAAGACUCGUUCCUUCUCUCGGUUGUAUCUGAUAAGCGGCUGUUUUGAAACUGAGAAUCCGCUUCGCAGCCGCUUCGGAUUGCCAGGCGAGAAUGAUUCGCCGACUGUCCCUCGCAUGGACCCCGAUCGUGUGGCUUUGUGUGUUUGGUCCGCUGGAAACUGACUGCAGAGCCGCAUCGGCGGGACGGAGUUGCGGUGAGAGUCGGCAGGUCUACGCAGACAAGGGGUACAGUCUGAACACGGCGCCGCUGACACAGAUCUCGGGGGAGCACCUGCGCCUCUGUCCCCAGGACUACACAUGCUGCUCCAGCGUGAUGGAGGAGGUGCUUGCUCGGCAGAGUGAGAGUGACUUCCUGAAGGCCAUUGAUGACACCAGCCAGUUCCUACUCACCACCUUCAUGCAGAGACAUCGCAAGUUUGAUGAGUUCUUCCGGGAGCUCAUUGACCUGGCAGAGAAGUCCAUGAAUCAGAUGUUCACCAAAACCUACGGAAAACUGUACACCCAGAAUGCCCGUGUCUUCCACGACCUUUUUGCUGAGCUCCGUCGAUACUACACUGGUGGCAGUGUGAGCCUUGGGGAAGUUCUGGCAGAGUUCUGGUCCCGGCUGGUGGAGAGGGUCUUCUCUCUGGUGAACCCCCAGUAUCAGUUCAGUGAGGAGUACCUGGAGUGUGUCAGCAAGCAUGCAGAGCAACUGCAGCCAUUCGGGGACCUUCCUCGCAAACUGCGAAUACAGGUGUCAAGGGCAUUCAUAGCUGCCAGGGCACUAGUUCAGGGACUGGCUACAGGACGUGACAUUAUUAACAAGGCAUCAAAGCUGAACGUGGGUGGAGAGUGUCUUCGGGCCCUAAUGCGACAGUGGUACUGCCCUUUGUGCCGCGGCAUGCCCACCCUGCGCCCAUGCCACUCAUUCUGCCUCAAUGUGAUGAAAGGUUGUUUGGCUAACCAGGCUGACCUGGACAGUGAAUGGAACAACUUCAUUGAUGCUCUGCUCCAAGUAUCAGAGAAGCUAGAGGGGCCAUUCAACAUGGAGUUGGCAGCUGAUUCCAUUGCAGUCAAGGUUUCUGAGGCCAUAAUGCACAUGCAGGAGAACAGUGUCACCACCUCCACCAAGGUGUUCCAGGGAUGUGGCAGCCCCCGUCCCGCCCCCAGCCGGUCACGGCGCUCCCCCAGGGAGCAAGGGGGCAAUAGGAGGCCAUUUCGCACAUAUAGCCCUGAAGAGAAACCCACUACGGCUGCUGGCACCAACCUGGACCGUCUGGUACUGGACCUGAAAGAACGCCUGCGUCCUAUGAAGGGCUUCUGGGUGUCACUUCCACACACACUCUGCAACGAUGACAACCUGGCUGCUGAUGUAACAAAUGAGGACAAAUGCUGGAAUGGGCAGGCAAGAGGACGGUACCUCCCAGAUGUGACCAGGGAUGGGCUGGUCAGUCAGAUUAACAACCCGGAGGUAGAAGUGGAUAUUGCGCGACCAGAUGUGAGGACACGGCAGCUGAUUAUGGAACUCCGUGUUGCUACCAACAGGCUAAGACAGGCCCAGGCUGGACAGGACAGUGAUUUUAUGGACAGUGAAGAAGGGAGUGGGUCAGGGGGUGGAGAUGGUGGGGACAGGUAUAGCGAUGAGCCUGGUUCUGGGCCUCCCUCUCCACCUUAUAGUAAACCUGCCCGCAACCCACCCAGUCCAAAUAAACCUCCCCGUGUCAGGGACAGGACUGGAGCUAAGUGGACCAGGCCCAAUCAGGGCCAUGGGAAUCGCAUUACAUCAGGCGUCAACCAGCUGUCUGCAUCUCACUCCAUCACUGUCUUUCUCCUCCUGGCCAUAUGUGCUGCCCCCAUCUGGUGAGAUCUAUUACUACACAGUAACACUUAAAUUUGACUUGGUAUAUGUAAAUUGAUUUGAAGAAAGAAACAUAGUCACUGUUUUUCCAUGUAAAGCUAAAUGUUAGUGACAUUCUCGGGGUGAAUUGUGCCGAAUGUGCCAUAUUUCGUGGGGACGGUUGCUGAAAUUUACAUCCUUUUACCAAUUUUUACUAAGACCAAAAGCUGUUUGCAAGAAAAAAAAUGAAAGAAUAACAAUAACAAAAAUGUUUUAACAGCAUAACAAAAGACUGAAGCGACUAUUUUUUAUUUUUAUUUUUUAUUUUUUUACUUAUUGAGUGGUCUUCCGUCAAUCAAUACUAGCACUGGGUAGCAUUCCAAAAAGGACAUGCUUACCUUCCUGUCAGAGCUCUGGAAACCUUAUCGCUAAACGUAUUACCCCUUUCCUGUGAGAGGCCUAUUAGCAUCACGCUAAACACAGCCUUCUCUUCCUGUGGGAACACUGUUAGCAUCUUAAAAAGCACGUGCUACUCAUCUUCAAGAGGGCUGUUAGCAUUGCAGUAAGCACAACCUCUCCUUCCUGUGAGAAAAUGUUAGUGUUAUAAAAAGCACAUCCACUUCUCCUCUGAAGUCAUUGUUAGCAUCACGCUAAUCACAAUCACUUCUUCUCUAAUGGAGUCCCUUUAAGCACACUGAUCUGUAAGAGACUUGAGACCUGUUUCUCCUGUAACCUUACACAGUACCUCCAUCUGCCAUGACAAUAUAACAACGCUGCUGUACAGCAAUUUACACCAGAAUAUGAAAGAAAAUGUUUUUACAUGCAACCGUUUAGUAAAGCAAUUCUCAUUUUCAUUUUAACUAUAAUUAUGUACAGAGUACAUAGUAUGUAACAGGUGCGGUAGGUUAGCGAUUUAAAUUUUAGAAAAUUUAAUUUAUUUAGUGAAUUCCUGAUGGGGAAAACUUAGAACAUCGCCUGAAUUCCUUCACUAAAAGUGCUUCUGUGUAUAGCUGUGUAAAAGUAUGACAAAGUAAGCUGUAAAUCUGGGGCAUGGAUGUCUGCCAAGCAGUUUCUUAGAUCUUUAAUUUUACACUGCAUGUACACUACAUGUAAUUGGCAAAUUUUGAUGCAAUAUUUUAUGUAAUAUUUCCUUUUGAAGCCCAAUCCAGCAAUUUGCAUAGUGAGGUCUUAUUCAGACAGUUUAAUGACUGUUGUCAUCUAGAAUGUUCUGGAAACUUCAGAGGGGAAAGUGCCUUUACAGCAUGUCCGUCUCACUUAUUUAUGCAGGUCAGUUAUCAAUGUGAAUGUUUCAAAACAUAACUGUCACAUUUUUUUGUCUUCAACUAAUUUAUCUAAUUCAAGUAAUGUAUUAGCAUUUUGUUGUAUUCAGGGUUUUAGGUAUUUUGUAUGAAUUGUUUACUGAAUUCCAUUAUUGUGCAGUAAACUGCUCUGGGAUUGGUUACCCAAAUGUGAUAGAGGAGAAGCCUUAUUGGUCAAGAACAAAUGGGGGCAGGUGCAGUACACCUGUGAAGGACAUGCCUGGUAUACCCUCUGGGUAAGUGUGUGACUUUCCCCCUGGUUAUUAAAGAAGAAAAAUAUUGAAAAUCACCAAAUAGAAUUCCCCUAGAUCACAAGGUAAAAGGGCCUCUGGACUAGAAUCCUUCAGACUGAAUGAACAUCAUGGCACGUGCCUCAUCUACCUAUGUUAGUGUUGAAUGUAAAAAAAUGUUUAUUUUUUUUUUUUUAAGUUUGAGGUUCAGUAUUGUUGAACCAGAGGGACAUGGUGCUAGGAAUGGCAAGCAGCUCAUGACAAGGUGAUGUGGACAGAAAUAGAAUGGAAAGACUCUUCAUCUCAUUUAAUGAAACACUGCUCCGUUUUAUAGUAGCAAGUGAUGUGUAUUGUUUGUGAUACUUGUGGUGCAUGUGGGAGCUGGUUGUAUACCUAAGAUAAGGGGGAAUCUGUGCCCAAAACUAAAUCUUCUGGGUAGGUUUCACUUCAUAUGAAAAAAAAGAAAUAUAUAAAUAUAUAUUAGUAGGGCUCAAAUGCAAAGAUAGAAUGUGUUCAGUAUGUAUUACAUGUUUAAUUUCUAUGAUAUAACUAUUUAUUAUGACAAUUGACCGUACCUCCUAGAAAUUUCUUUAUAGAAAAGUAAAAAAAAAAAAAAAAAAAAAACUCUUUUUAGGGCUAAAAAUUUUAUUACAUUGGGUUGGUUGGUACAAUCAGAUGUACACAGAAUCCCAGAUUGUUUUUAAUAAUUAUUUAUUUAUUAAAAUUAAUUUCUAGGAGUAGUUCCAACAACACAUCAGAGAUAGGGUAUAGGGCUGAACCCACAUAAUUGGGCUGGGGGGGAUUUUACCAACUUGGCCAGAACAUUGCUGGUUUGAAUCUUGGAUGGCUACAUGGAGUCUCUCAGUCAUUCUACUGAAAUGUGAAGUCACAAACUGGAAGCCUUAAAAGCCUCCUGGGACACUGGAAGUAACCUGAUGAAGUUCAUUACACUGUGGAAAUCCAAGCCAAAGGGCCUUGAGGAAGGAUGAAGACAAGUUUUCAUUUUUAUCAUCCAUCCGUGUUUGAUGUUUGUAUGCGUGUUUGUUGUUUGUAGUCAGGAGAUGGAAGUCAAUUUCAAUUGCUGCAUUUAAGUUGCAUUAAAACUUCUCCCUGUUUACAGUUCAUUUCAUAGCUUGUAUGUGAAACAGAGGGAUUAAACCCUGUCCCUCCUGUAUUUUUACUCCACUGAUGUAAUUAAUAGGGCACAGAGUUACCACAGCUUGUGUUUCAGGGGUCACUUAAGUGCUAAUCAAAAUGCACUGGAAGCUACAGGGCCUGGUGUGGAAAAGCACAGUGUAAAGUCUAUUCCUGAGUUUAAUGUUCAUGUGGAACCUUGGAGCUCUGUGAUAUGCAGUCCAAUAGUGCAGGUGUAAUGAUUGGACCGCAUAUCAUUGUGUUAGGAAUAGUUAUGUUUUUACAAAACUAAGCUUGUAUGUGUGGUGUCAAAUGAAUGCCAUUUUGGGAGGAGCAGGCUUUGAAUCUGACAAUUUAUGAUGAUAAAUUGAUGAUAAAUGAAUGCCUUCCUUCUACAAACUCUUUCACCAAACAUUUUGGGAUCCAGAAUUUUAGGAAAUACACAAGUAUAAUAGCAAAGCCUUGCAGAUGUUUUGUAAAAAAAAGUGUUUAAAAAAAAAAAACUGCUUUCUGUCAGUUGUGUUUGUGAUUCCAGUAUUAAAAAAAAAAAACUUUCUAAGCUUUA